UUUUCUCUAAAUCAACUCAUUAUUGAGAUAAUUACGAAAAAUCAAAACUGUUUUAUUUAACUCGUUUAUCGCGAAAUUAGUUUUUCAAAUUAUUUGAAGAUGGCGGAAGUAAUGCCUUUUUUCGACUCGUGUCAGAUCGCCAUUUCUGUUUACGUCGAUGCCAAUCGUUUCGCGUAGGAAAUCAAACGAAAUUAUUUAGUCAACAGUUUUAAUUAUUCAUAAAAUGUCGUUCAUGCCACUCUGGCCUAAUCUACAGCCCAGGUCCACUGAUCCCCUCUGGUUCAAUGCAGACAAACCCUGCGACGAUGAGGAGGAAGUUGACAAGCUAGAGACUCUGCAUCAAACUUGGAAAGAUAGGACUAGAGCUGCUGGCAGCGAUCAAAUACCCAUUGGAAAAUCAGCUAGUGAUUUCAGAGGAUCAGAAGAAGAGGAGGAAGAGGAAGAAGAGGAGGAGGGAGAGGGAGAGGAGGAAGAGGAGUCUGACACUCAUGAGGACGAGGAGGAGGAGUUCGACGAAAUCGACAUGGAGGUGAGCUACUCGCACCAGCAGCAGAGGUCCAGCCCCACUGACGCUGUUACCGACCCCGUGUCCAUCAGAAUGGUCACCCAGGGGCCUCGCUACUCUUAAGGAGGACCUGGCAUCAUGUAAAUAAAUCAUUUGGUCCAUUAAGUUCGUUCCUAAAUUAUUAUCUGGAGAUAAUGUAAA